AUGGCUGCCAGAAAGGUCGUUGUUAGCGAAAUUUUGUAUUUUUUAACUAAUAAUAUUAAUUUGCUCGAAAAUGAAGUGUUUAUUUGUAAUACUGCUGAUUUCUAUACCAAUGACGAUAUUGUAGAUGCUUCGAAAAUUUUGAAAAGUGAGUUCGUUAACCUGAAAUGUGAAAAAAUUGAAAAAUUGUUAACAAAUGGCACUCAAAAAAAGGACAAAUUGGUGGAUUGCAUUGAGCUAUUUAAAAAUAUGGUAGCAGCUAACAUGUUGGAUAAGCUCCCUUUAUUUGUCAGCUCAAAUAUGUACAAGAUACCUAAUUUCGAAAAAUGUUUUCAAAUAAAUUUUGAAAUAUUGAAAAACGAAGUUAGAGACAUGUUGAACAAACAACAUGUUACUAUCUCAGCUUUCAUUGAAAAGUGCAGCGAAGAAUUUGCCGCGCUGAAAGGGAAAACAAACUAUGUAGAGUGCAAUUUAAAAGGUAUAAAAAAUCGUAACGACUGUAAUAAUGAAAAUUUGAAAUUGAAUACAGCUGCAAAUAAUGAUUUGAUGCAAAAACCAAUUUUAUGGUCUGAUGCAGUUAAAAUACCAGCUGAGGUAAAUGUGCUGCCACUUACAGAUAAAAUACCAGUUGAGGUAGAUGCAUCACCAUUCACUGUUGUAAACAGACCGAGGAAAAACCAAAACAAAAAUAUUCCUGAAAUGAAGAGUGAUGAAAAUAUCGUUAACACCGAAACUGGAAAAAAGAAAAAAGGUGUCAAAAAGAUAAUUGGAAACAAAGAUAGUGAAGAUUGUAAACUGAAGGCGAAUAAGAUUUUGAUUAAAAAAUCUUUCUUUUCAGUAAGUAACGUGAUGAAGUGUCACAGAGAUGAUGUAGGUGAAUAUCUAAAGUCAAAUGAUAUUAAUGUGUUAUCGUGUUACCCAGUGUUGAAGCGUUCAGAAAUGGCAAACGAUAGCACACCUGAUAUUGAAAAUGAGCAUUCAACAAUGUUUCGAGUUUGUGUAGAAAGUUGUGACAGCAAUAAAAUGAAAAAUCCUGAUAUCAUUCUGAAACAUAUUAUUGUAAGAGACUGGCACUUUAAAGAAAAAAAACCCGCAAAUAAUUUUGACAACAACCAUGGAUAG